AUGGCAUCAUCCAUCGCCAACAUAAUGGUCCGCAGCAGCACCCUAAUCCGCCGCAAGAGCGAAUCCGGCAGCAUGUCGGACCCCAUGACCGACCUCUUGAUCGUCCUAGCGGUUCUCGUCUCCGUCGCCCUCUGUCUCGUAGUGGCCCUCAUUGUCGUCCGCAAGUUUCGCCGGUCGCGCGCAGUUGCUCGCCAACAACUUCCCAUAUACAACGAGCCGGCUGGCAGUACUGAUCGCCCCGUAUCCAACCACUGCCGCAUGUCAGCGACCGCUGCGCCGUACGGCCGCCCUUCCAGUAUCUACAUCUACGACGACGAGAAGACCGCCAUGAUUGAGAGCCCGGGAAUGCCUACAUCUCCUGUUCCCGAGAUCCGCAUCACCUUCCCUGACGAGCACGACGAGACGGGCCAAGCCAAGGGCGGUCGAGUAGUCGUUGUCCGCGUCGGCGACAAUGGCGUUGGUCUUGAGCCUCUCCAGGACGAACAGCUGCCCGCUUACGAGAAGGAGAGUGGCGAGAGGUUCGACUCGAUCGAUAUAGAGAGCAUCGGCGGCCUCAAGGAGAAGCACUCGAAAGACCAAUACUCUUAG